CCGCCGCCACCGCCACCGCCUCCUCCGCCUCGCGCCGCUCCGUCGCCGGUGCCGGUGGUGGCCGCGGCGGCGGCGGCGCCGCCGCCGCCCGAACCGCGCCCGGAGCCGGCCGUAAAGGUGGAGAAGAUCGACCUGACCGAGGACGACGACCUGGAGGAGCUCAGCCUCGACUCGACGCUGUGCCACGUGGCGGAGUACGAGGGCGGCUAUGACGGGUCGGACCACUCGCUAGACAUGGCCGCCGACGCCGUGCAUCCCGUGCCACCGCUGCCCGGCCCGUCGCACCGGCUGGGGGAGGACGGCUCGCAAAUAG